AAAAGACGACAGGACGGUAUCUUGACAGUAGCUAUAUAGCAUUCAGAGCUCUGGCUACCCGUAUACUGCCACCGCGGCAUCUUGCCAGCAUGCCUACCGUUCCAUCGUUCCGGUCCUUUGCUUCCUCGAGGCCAUCCUCGACUCCUGGGUCAACGAGACCGUCUUCGCCGGCACUGCCUGGAGUCUCUGAGUCUUCCGGCUCGCCAUUACCUUCGAUGGGUUCUUCAUCAGCCUCGAGGUACAAACAGAAAGUCCUGAAUUACAUCAGCAAACGACCAAUUUCCUCUGCUGCUAUUCCUGCUGCAGCCGAAGUAGCGGAAGCAGUUAUGAAGCUUCCGGAGCAAACUGGAGUCAAUGUAUCGAGUGCGUCUGAUAAUAGCAAGCUGGAUGAGGAUAGUGGGAUUCCGGUGAAGGAAACUAUGGUCGUUUUUCCCUCCUACGCACGGAUCAAGAAUGGUGGACCUAGUCACGAAGGAUGUAAAGAAAUCGAAAUCAACGUCCAUGGAUGGCUCUAUGACGCUCCCGCCCGCACAAGCCGGAAAAGCCGCAUCAUCCUUUCGGUAGCACGGCAAAUUGUCGGUCUACCGCCUCUCCCUACUGAUUCGAAACGCAAAUCGACAGAUAGUAGCACGGCAUCCGGCUCUGGUCCUUCACCUCUCUCACAAGGUUACUUCACUAAUAACAGCGGAGCAAGCACACCCCGCGAUGAACGGGAGCUGCUGGAUCUCAUUGAACUGAGCGAUGAGCCUGAAGAAAUGCUAUCGUCUGAGUCUGUGACAUCUUCGGGCGCCGCAACACCGAAUGAGCCGGAUGCGACGGGCAUGUUCGACGUCGCGAAGGAUCGAGGUACCGCAGCUGCUGAAGAAGCACGCCGGCAUUCCAUACCUAAGCGUGUGAACUCCGAGCCCCAAAGUCCACACGCGGAGAACGCACCUCGACGAGUUGCUACAGAACCUACCAGAGAACCGAAACGAACAUCGACCGAGAAGUAUGCAAAGCACUUCCCAAAUCUGGAUUUGGUUACUUGUCAUACCAAUCUCGCAUUCCGUCUCGCACCAUUCAUGAGUCGUCCUGUUGUUGGGCGUGCAGUGACAUGCAAAGUUUUCGACGAGGAGGACAAAUUGGUACACGAGCAAAGCCUCACCACCUCUGACGUUGGCCACUUCCUCGGCAAGGUCCGCGUGCCGAUUCAGAGGGUGCAAUCAUCACGACUUCUGAAGUUGCGCAUCUUCGAUCAAGUUAACACGGAGUUGAAACAGACCAGCAAGUGCAAGAUCGUGCCUGACAAUGGAGUGAGUAUUAUUUCUGAUAUCGAUGAUACGAUCAAGCAUUCUGCUGUGACUGCUGGUGCGAGGGAGUUGUUCAGGAAUACGUUUGUGCGAGACUUGAAGGGGUUGGAGGUACCUGGUAUUCGUUCCUUGUAUGGGAAGUUGGAGCAGAUGGGCGUUUCGUUGCACUAUGUCUCGAAUUCGCCAUGGCAGAUUUGGCCUGUGUUGAAGGAUUUCAUGGGUGUGGGUGGAUUACCGGGAGGUUCCGUUCAUUUGAAGCAAUACUCUGGUAUGCUUCAGGGGAUUUGGGAACCUGCCGCAGAAAGGAAACGCGCGAACGUGGAAGGUGUACUGAAAGACUUCCCUGGGAGGAAGUUCAUGUUGUUUGGCGAUUCUGGAGAACAGGAUCUGGAGUUGUAUGUCGAGAUGGCGAAUGAGUAUCAGGGACAAGUCGUUGGAAUAUUCGUUCGGGAUGUUACUACGCCGCAGGCUAUGCUUGCUUUGGCGAAGAACAAUCCGGCUUCCAGUGAUAUGUCUAGUACAGGGAUAGUUGAUCAGGUUCUGGGUUCAGCAUUGAGUACGGGGGGCGUUCCGAAUAUCAACGUCGACAGUGCCAGCGAUGUCAACAAUAUGCUCGACCCCGGAGAUAUAGGAUUCGACCCGACAGAAGCAAACGCAAGGGCAGCGGAAAAGAAAAUGUUGGAGAACCCGCCUCCGCCAAUCCCACCGCUUUUGCCUCCGAGGGACAAGGUCGCUGGUGAAAGGAAGCCUGUGCAUGCAAAUACUGAGCCUGUGGAAAGUUCGUAUGUACCUCCGCUGCCGCCGAGGAAAGCGAAGAGUAUCAAUGAGGUUGGUGCAGGGCCGGCGAGCGAAGUUACUGUUACGCCGGCUGGAGAGACGGUUGACAAGACGUCUACGACACAUGGACUGGCGCAGCCGAAGACACCGAGACCGGUUAUGUACCGCCGUGCGCACUCGGCUUAUUCGUCCACCAAGAGUCUCUUUACCUCACCCGCCGAGAAGACGAUGGAACAGCCCUCCCUCGUGACGUCACCAAACAAGAAGGUCGAAGCAUGGCGUCGUCGCCUCGAAAGCGCAAGGUCCAGAAUCCCGCAGGGCUGUGUCCUCGAAGUCUGGAGAAGCGGUAGUGACAUCGAGGAUGCUGUCGUUCAGCUUGCAGACAAAUCCAUCGAGAAGCAGAAAAAGGUCGCACAGUCUUCCCCACAUGCAAGAGUCAAAGAAGGCAAUUUGAUUCACAUUUAGAGUUACGGAUGGGUUGCGACUGCAAUUGGGUGUGUUAGGUAUGCAUAUCAUGUUGGAAAUCGGCGU